CUAAGACGGGAACAGAAUAGGCCGAGAAACCACCGCCGAACGUGAGACGGAUGUAUUAUACUGGAACGAACGUUGAAAACGCGCUUCUUCGUUUUCCCAAUCUUUAAUAAAACGAUGCACGACUCGGUUUUCGGUCGAUUUCGUUUUCGUUUCGUUCGUUUUUUUUCUUUUAUCAUUCUGUUUUUACGCGAGCUGAUAAUCGGAUAGGAAAAUAAGGGAAAAGCGGUUUUUCCAUCGAUUGAUAGUCGGAAAAUAUGUCGGAAUUUCGGCACGCGGGGAAUUCUAUACGGAUUUCAAUAAUAUAAUACACUGUAAACUAGACUGGCGUUUAUUGGUUUGAUCCAUCCGAUUGAAACGUAAACUAAUCCUGGCGCGAACAAAAAUACGAUGGGGGUGGGGGAGUGGAAGGGGGAGGGGGAGGGUGGAGGGGUUGUCAAUUUUCGAGGACAUAUAUUCGUGGACGAAAUACGCGCGCAAUUUCUGACCGCUGCAAUCGUGCAGCGGUUCCAUUGUUUCAGAUGGUAAAAUGAGAUAAAUCAUAUUCUUUCACACCCUACAUGGGGAAUCCAUGAAACGAGGUAGAUUUAUCAGAGGUGAAAUUUCAACGUUUCAAACACGCGCAAAGACUGACUCUUGCUCAAUUAAAUGAUAAAGGACCCGUGUAUAUAAAAAGUCCAUAUAUUUUUUUAUAUAUUCGUAUCAUUAAAAUUUAGACUCGACGAGUAAGAGAAAUUAAUGAAAAGAAUUUCUUAAGUAAGAAUUUCGUAAGUCGAAAUUGUAAUAUUAAUUACGUGAUAACGCGUAUUUCGCGUCAAUAUCGUGAAUUGAGAAAACUUUGUUUUUUCGAUUUAACAUUUAUAAUUAAAUUAACGACGAAUAAAUAGUUCAUUAUCUAGUAGUUCAUAUCUAAAAAUUUCAAUUUUAGUUACGUAACGCAAUAAAUAUUAAACGUAGCAUUUUUUGUACGAUACGGAUUGAAAAAAAAGAAGAAAAAGAAGAAAAAAUAAAGCGAGAGGGAAAUAUAUUCGUUUCCUCGAAAUUCAGAGAUACGAAAUUUCUAGAAAUUCGUAUGUUUGAACUGCGUAAAACGUUUUUCGAUUCACGAACGAAAUAUUUCUUAAGAUGUAAUUUAAAAGCAACGUCCUAUGGGAUAGUCUUUUAUAAAACUUUGCAAUGUAAAUUUUUUAGGAAUAAACCAGUCAUGUUCUGCACUUGAAAAACUUGGAAUUUAAGAAAGAAGAAAACAAAGAGAGAGAGAGAGAGAGAGAGAGAAAAAAAAGAAAAAAAAAGAAGAAAGAGGAAAAUUUAUAAGUAGAGAUUUGAAUAAAAGAGGCGAACCAAGUGCAACAUUAGAAUUUUCACGGUAUUAUUUAUGCAAUAUUUCUUCGGUAACAUUCUUUCCGUAUGCAAACACAAAACAUCGUAACUUCUUAGACGGUACACUCCGGUGGACAAAUAUUGCAACAGCGAUAUAUCAAGAUUAAUUUUUAAUCUGCCGCGAUGAGCGGUGGGAAAAGGAUUCAUAAUUUAUCAUGCGCGUACAGCAGGCUGAUACAUCGAGUUACGCAUAGAUUAAGAUAAAAAGCGUAGAAAAAAAAAAAAAAAAUUAGAAAAAUAUUAUUUUAAAAACGAAAAAAAAAAAAAAAAAAGAAAGAAAGAAAGAAAGAAAAAUGUUACAAAACUAACGAACCGUUAUCGUUCAUUUCAUGUCGCUUUAAGCAGCGUGCACGUUUAAAACUAGCUUAAAAAGAGAUUCGAGCAUAAAUCGAUGCGUUUACACUCGAUCGUUUCUGUCUCGAACGACAAGGGAUAACGGAAAGCAAAUAAUACUCUUGUCUACUCUUUUUUCCCGUUUCUCGAAUGCCUAUUCUAUACUCGAUAUGACGCAUCGAUCGACGUAUGUGAUCCAUCGAUCGCGCGAAAUAUCGCUCGAGAGGGAGGAAAAUUCGUUCGUAAUGCACGUAAAAGUACAUAAGUCACGAUUUUCAUCUGUACAGACAAUAAUCGUGAAACGUAUAAUAGAACGUUCGACAUGGGUCUUGGGUAAAGUUUCCCCUCGUUUCAAGAUCACGGAUUUUAACCGUGCUCUUUCUCCUCCUAAGCUACAUCGCCGCAUUGUCGCCGAGGAAACAUAUGGUCGAGCGCAGCAGCGUGCGUCUUUUAUCGGGACGGCGUAUUUUAUGCGAACUUUCUUACCACUGCAUUAAACUUUAUUGCACCGUCGCGAAUCUCUGUUGCUUUUUUAUAUUCGAGCUUGAAUUGUGCACAUAUCUUUCACGAACUAUCGUAAAAUUCAAUCCGAACGAUGGGGCCAAACAUCGCAUUAAUAUUAAAAUUAGAAUUAGAAUCACGAUUAAUAUUAAACUUUGAAUUGAUUCGAGUAUAAAAGAAAAAAAAAAAGAAAAAAAGAUCGCUCGAAUAUUAUUAUUCCAUCGAUUAUUCGUGAUGAGAGAAGAAAUAUGAUGAAUAUGGAUAAAAAAACGCGAUACGUUAUUACGAUCGCGUCGCGUAAUUUUUGGUGCGCGCGCAGUUAUCGCGCGCGCAUGCGCGGUGCGAAAAAAUCGCGCCAGCCGCGUGGCACCGCUGCACUUCCGGUCUAUAUCGCGCGAAGAUCGUCCCUGAAGAUUUGCCAGCUUCGCACAAGACAGAGAAAUGUUUUAUUUCGCGAUGCUACGUCAACUGUAGGGCAAGAAACAGGCGACGUAUCGAACCAUACAAUACGUCGCGAUGUAAUAUACUCCUGCUUCCACUUGUUUUCCUCGUGGAACAAUCAAGGCCAUCGCGAGAUAAUUAUGCAGAUAACAGUGAUGCUCGCCGGUAUUCCACCUGUAGGAGGAUCUACAGGGUCGGGAUUGGAGAUAGACAAGAUGGACCAACAGUAUUGCCUACGGUGGAACAACCAUCCAGCCAACCUCACAGACGUUCUCAGCUCCUUACUUGCCAGAGAGGCACUCUGCGACGUAACCCUGGCGUGUGUUGGAGAGACUUUCAAGGCACACCAGACGAUACUCUCUGCAUGCAGUCCAUAUUUUGAGAGCAUUUUCCUUCAGAAUACCCAUCCCCAUCCAAUUAUAUUCCUGAAGGAUGUCAAUGAAACGGAAAUGAAGGCAUUGCUGCACUUUAUGUAUAAGGGGGAAGUUAACGUUAGUCAGCAUCUGUUACCGAUGUUCCUUAAAACAGCUGAGGCAUUACAGAUUAGAGGCCUCACUGAUAAUAGUGUAAAUAACAAGACAGAAGAGAAAAGUCCAUCGCCAGAACCAGAAACGCAAACUGGUAUUAGGCAUACUGAAUCGCCUAACCUUCAGCCUCCUCCUGAAAAGAGGAAACGAAAGGCUUCGGGCAGCUAUGAUGUUUCCCUUAGUGGUCCACCCAGUGAACGGUUCAUGUCAGAUUCUCAGACAUCGUCACAAUGUAGUUACAAAUCAAGCCCUCCUGUGAUUCCAAAGUCAAAUAAUGCCAUGGGAGCUGAUUUGGAAGAUGGUAGUCGACCUAUGUCUCCUGCAUCACAGCCACAACCUUCGAUCAAGCAAGAGUUAGAUCAUCACUUACCAGACUUCCAUGACAACAUUUCCCUCCCAACUAGUGUGGAGUGGGAAGUUCAGAGAGAUGGGAAGAGUGACGAAACUAUGGAUGUACAGAACAUGACCCAAAAUCAACAAGAUUCUGCUGUGAUACAAGUUUCUUGUGAAAGCACUAUCAUGGCUGGAGGUUCUAUGUCUAUCAAUAUGUCAGGGACUACAUCUGAAUGUUAUGAUAAUUCUUACAAAUCUUCGCAAAAUCAAUCUACAUCUUUAAAGUGUAAUUCACAGAAAAAUAGUAAUGCAGAAUUCAGUUCCAUUCUUGAUUCAUUUCCAGAAAGUAAUGCAAGUGCUAAAAAAUUUCAUGAUAAUAAUGAGAUACAUAGAUCAAUAAUUGUAAAUCCACAGCCAAGCAUGUCAGUAAUUCAAUCAACUUUAUGUAAUAUUUCACAACGUUCUAUUCCUCAAAGUAGAAAAACUGGUAAAUUUAAAGUUGGAUGGUUAGAUAUGUAUUCUUGGCUUCAAUAUGAUGAGAGAUCAAACCUUAUGUUUUGUAAAUAUUGUAGAAAAUGGAGUGAUUCAAUGCCUGAAAUACGUACUUCAUUUGCUGCUGGAAAUGGUAAUUUUAGACUUGAAAUUGUGAAUCAUCAUGAUAAGUGCAAGGCUCAUAAUUUGUGUGUUGCAAAAGAAAGUGAAGCAAGAGGAAAUUAUACUUACAUCAUGGAAACAUAUUGAUUUUUUAUUAUGAAUGCAUUUUAAUAAUAUUGAUUUGUGAUUUAUUUUGCUCAAUUAAGAUUCAGAUUAAUUUUUACCAUAAAAAAAUGGUUUGUCAUGCAAGACAAAAUUACUUCGUAAACAUUCUUUUUUUCUUACUUUUUAUUAUUAUAAAAUCAUAUCUGCAUGUAUAUGCAUAAUUAUUUGAGACUGU